UCGAUUACUUAAAGAGGGAGAGAUAGCUAUUGCUGAGUAUUCCCAGCUGGUGCAGAUUAUGGCAGGUGUUCGCGAUCUGGAUGAGUAUUUGUCGCUAAUCGUGGGCCUCCGUUGUUACGGAGCUUUAGCCAUGACCAUUCUCUUCACUUUCAUGUGCAGCCAGAAUGCUGUCAACCAGCAGCCUUCGGUGGACGCUGUCAUCGCACUGAUCAACGGUUUUGUCUCGUUCUGUACUGUGCUCGUUGUCUGCGCGUAUUCAUACGAACAGGGCCAGAGACUGUCAAAAGUUGCCACAAUUUGUCUGCGCAAUGGAGAAAACAAGUGGCAGACUGAUGAAUGGAAUGACAUGUACCACCGCGGCGAGCGAUGCGAACGAGCUUAUUUUACGAUUGCGGGAGUGACAGUCACCCGAGAAAGCGUCAUGCAGAUCUGCGCCGCUUUGGUAAGCACUUUGUUGGUUUUUGCGGAAUUGGCUCGCGGCCCUACUAACGCAGAAGCUGGCAGCAGCGCCAUUAACGUCACUGAGGUCAUCCUGUAUACAACUGCAAGUGCCAAAACUGACGUAGAAUAAUCUGUUAACUCUGUGGGUGACAGAAAAUCUAGGCGCGGGAAAUGCCGAACGGAAUUCGGGUCCUUCUGGAACUCAUUGUUUCAACCAAAUUUAUACGUUCUCGGUUCUAAUUUUUGUUGACAUUCGUAAAUUUACAACAGGCUGCGGUAAUGAAUAAAUCAUGACGUUGUAAUAAUUUUAAACACCCUCAAAAUUUAGUAGCAUUGACCAAUAUCAAGUAGCAGCCGGCAGCAGGCAGCAACAGUAACAACAAGCAUUUAGCAACGAUGUUGCAAACCUUGCACAGCUGGUUUACCCUUUAUUUUGUAAGAGCAUCGCGUUUGCUGGAUAACAAACAAAAACUCUCAUUAUGCAU